AUACAACAUCCUAGGGAUACAUGUUAUGAGCUCCAAAGACAUAGAAGCCCUCAGCCCAACAAAAAUUCUCGCAUUCUCCCAGGAGCUGGAGGAGGAGGAGGAACUAUAAGCUCAGUAGGGGGCACAAUAGAUCAAGGAGGUCGCACUGCAGAUAAAAGUAAUGACAACAACAACACCAACAAUAACAAUAAAAAACAAGACAAAUGAAGCAAGCAUUCACAUUGAUGCAGCAUCUGCAUCUGCAUCUUUUACUCUGCCCCAUCAGCUUUGCCCUCGUUGCAUGCCAAUCGACGCAACCAAAUAUCAUCUUUAUUCUGGCUGAUGAUCUGGGCUUUAAUGAUGUUGGGUUUCGUGGCUCGGCACAGAUUCCCACGCCCAAUAUCGAUGCUUUGGCCUAUUCGGGUCUCAUCCUCAAUCGCUACUAUGUCAAUCCAAUUUGCACACCUUCCCGCUCAGCGCUCAUGACCGGCAAAUAUCCCAUACACACAGGCAUGCAACAUACGGUGCUCUAUGCCGCAGAGCCGCGAGGCUUGCCACUGGAUUUAAAAAUACUGCCGCAAUAUCUCAACGAAUUGGGGUACACCUCGCACAUAGCCGGCAAGUGGCAUUUGGGUCAUUGGAAGCGUGUCUAUACGCCGCUCUAUAGGGGAUUCAGUAGUCACGUGGGUUACUGGUCGGGACACCAGGAUUAUAAUGAUCACACGGCCGUGGAGCACGGCUAUUGGGGCUUAGAUAUGCGCAAUGGUACUGAGAUCGCCUACGAUCUGCAUGGACAGUAUACGACGGAUGUGAUUACGCAGCACUCGCUUCAAGUCAUUGCCAAUCACAAGCCGGCAAAGGGGCCACUCUUCCUGUAUGUGGCACAUGCAGCGGUGCACUCGGGUAAUCCCUAUAAUCCACUGCCAGCCAGCGACGAUGCAGUGCGUCGUUUGGAUAAGAUUCAGCACUACAAACGUCGGAAAUAUGCGGCGUUGGUUACCGCCAUGGAUGAGUCGGUGGGCAAGAUUGUGGAGCAGUUGCGUAAAUCUCGCAUGCUCGAGAACUCCAUCAUUGUCUUUUCGACGGACAACGGAGGUCCUGCCGAGGGUUUCAAUUCAAACUUUGCCUCCAACUAUCCACUGCGUGGUGUCAAGAACACCCUCUGGGAGGGUGGUGUGCGGGGUGCGGCACUCCUUUGGUCCCCCCAACUGACGAAACGUCCUCGUACUGCCGAGCAGCUAAUGCAUAUGGUUGACUGGUUGCCUACGCUGGUGGAAGCAGCGGGUGGCAAGGUGGCGCUCUCCAAACUCGAGGCGGCCAAGCUGGAUGGUGUUAGUCUGUGGCAGGCACUGGUGAGGAAUGAGGCAUCGCCACGGAACAGCAUUCUGCACAAUAUCGAUGAUAUUUGGGGCAGUGCCGCAUUGAGUGUUGGGGUUUGGAAGCUGGUGCAGGGCAGCCACUACAAUGGCUCCUGGGAUGGCUGGUAUGGGCCGGCAGGCUUGCGCAAUCCCCACGAUUACAACUGGCAACUGGUGACGAAGUGUGCGGCCGGUCAGGCCAUGCAGCAAUUGAAGAUGCUGCCCCAACAAGCGGAUAUCAUCAGGCUGCGCAAGGCAGCUACGGUGAGCUGCAAGGAGGCCAAAGUGAAGCCAUCGCCAGACAUCGCCUGCAAUCCCCUCAAGGAGAUCUGCCUCUUCAAUGUGCUCGACGAUCCCUGCGAGCAACGCAAUCUGGCCAAGCAGCAUCCCAAGGUGUUGGCUCUGCUCUUAAAUGAACUGCAGCUGUUUAAUGCGACUGCGAUUCCUCCUGCCAACAAACCCGAUGAUCCUCGUGGCGAUCCCAGACUGUGGAACCACACAUGGACUAAUUUUGGCGAUUAUUCUGAAGGAAAGUACUAUAAAUAAUCUCUAAACAAUCAUUUUUCAUAAUAUAAAACAUUGAAAACUUAA